AACCUUGUCAUGGUAAAAAAAAUUGUUAUAUAAAAUCUGCUUACACUUGUCGCCAUUUCAUCAGUCGACGGCGCGAACGGUAAUUAUCCAGGUGCGAAGCUAAAUUUCCACACACGGAAUGACGACGGAAGUGGGUAAACGCUGUAGUUUAGUCUUCCUCCUAGCACUGCUAAGUGUUCAGCUAGGUGGUGUAGCUUGUGAAGAUCUAAGAAAAUUGAAGGUCAGUGAUUGGUGGGAGAAAUCCGGUUUCUAUCAAAUCUAUCCGCGAUCGUUCAAAGACAGUAACGGUGAUGGUAUUGGGGAUUUGAAAGGAAUUACGCAAAAGUUGCCAUAUCUGAAAUCGAUCGGAGUGAAAGCCUUUUGGUUAUCGCCUAUCUACAAGAGCCCGAUGGCUGAUUUUGGCUACGACAUUUCGGAUUUUCGGGAUAUUCAACCGGAGUAUGGUACGUUGGAGGAUUUCAAGGUUUUGAAAGCCGAAGCAUCCAAGUUGGGCUUAAAAUUGGUAAUGGAUUUUGUUCCUAACCAUUCGAGUGAUGAACAUGAAUGGUUCGUGAAAAGCGAAAAUCGUGAGGCCGGUUAUGAGGAUUACUACGUUUGGCACGACGGUAAACCGGGAAAUAAUCCGAACCGUAACGAUCCACCAAACAACUGGUUGGAAGCAUUCAAAGGCAGCGCGUGGAAAUGGAGCGAAAAGCGAAAGCAGUACUAUCUGCAUCAAUUUCACUUCAAGCAACCCGAUCUCAAUUAUCGUAACUCUAAAGUAGUUGAAGAAAUGAAAAGCGUACUUCGCUUUUGGUUGGACCUGGGCGUCGAUGGAUUUCGUAUAGACGCAGUCAACUGGUUAUUUGAAGAUCUGCAGUUUCGUGACGAGCCUACAUCUGGCGUAUCGACCGACCCCUUGAUGCCAGACUACCUUAAUCACAUCUAUACGCGGGAUAUGCCGGAAACAACCGACAUGGUGUACCAGUGGCGAGAAGUGAUGGACGAAUACAAGAAACAACACGGAGGAGAUACUCGAGUAAUUAUGACGGAAUCUUGGUCCAGCUUGAGCGUUGUAGCUACUUAUUACCAGGAUGCCAACAAACGCCAAGGAUCAAAUAUGCCAUUUAACUUUCAACUUAUUUUAAAUCUCAACAAAAAUUCGAAGGCUUCUGACUUUAAGAGAGUAAUUGAAUCCUGGUUAAAUAUUGUUCCUGAUGAGCAACAUGUUGCUAACUGGGUUCUCGGUAAUCAUGAUCAACGGCGUGUUGCUUCACGGAUGGGAGGAGAGCAUAUGGCUGAUUUAAUGGCAAUGGUCGGUCUGUCAUUGCCGGGUGUAUCCGUCACCUAUCAGGGAGAAGAAAUUGGAAUGACUGACUACGAAGUUUCGUGGCAGGAUUCGAAAGAUCCUGCUGCCUGUCAAACGUCUCCCACCGAAUAUCAGAAGUAUUCGCGGGACCCAGCACGCACUCCCUUCCAGUGGGACAGAACAACAAAGGCUGGCUUUACCAGUGGAAGCACUACAUGGCUACCGAUUAAUCCAAAUUAUGUUACUGUGAAUGUAGAAACCGAAGAGAAGACCAGUAACAGCCAUCUUAAAGUGUUCAAGCGACUUAUGGAGCUUCGCGAUGAAAGUAUUUUCCACGAUUGCUUGUAUGGCAUAUUUGCUGUCGAGGAUAACAUAUUUGGUAUUGUGCGUACUACGACGCCGCUUUACGAAGAACCCGUCUAUCUGACAUUGAUCAAUAUCGCUAACAAAGCUGUAAACGUAACUCAUGAAAAUAUUUACAAAGGUUUUACGAACAAGUUUACAGCUGACAUGAAGGUCUCGGUUGCCAGCGUUUCUUCUAAACGAUCGGAAGGCGAUUCGGUAAACCUCAAAAAUCUGGAACUGCAACCAUACGAGGGUCUAGUGUUAAGGGCUGCUGGAACUGUUUGGGUGCUGAGUAAACUGCUCCUACUGUUGAUGAUCUUCGCAAUGCUCUUUUUGCAAUAGGUUACAGGAAGAGUAUCGAGUUAGCUAUGCAGAGACCCAAUUUUCUUUUAUUCAAAUCGUAUUUAAAAUAAUAGAUUCUGUAAAACCUCGAUCCUUAGAAUUGAAAUAUAGUUAACUCAUAUUUACUGAUCGAAUUCAGGUCGCUCGGGUCAGUUAUCCAUUGAAUAAUAUUAGCGAGACGCGCAUGUAAAUUUGUUUCUUAGUUCAAAACACUGUGUUUUUGUUGGUUUAUUUCAGAGGUACUGAAGAUUCAUUUUCUUAUAAUCUUUGUUAUAAACUUUACUGAUUGACAAUAGGUUUACAUUCCUUUUGAUAUUGCAUGUAUUGAUCUUCAUAACUGACAUGAAUAAAGAAUAAUGGAGGCGACAGCCAU